AGGGAAGAGAGAAAGUUGAUGAUGAAAAUGAUGGAGUUACUAAUGACAGCAAAAUAACAGAUAAGGAGCUUGUAGCUUUAAAAGACUCUCAUGUAUUUAAUGCUUACGUUUACAAGUAUUUCAUCUCCUGCUACUCGCAAUGCUUCUUCUUCUUCAGCUGCUGCUUCUGUUAUUAAUACUCCAAGGAACCUGUCAGUUACUGCUUCUCCUAAUCAAACAGUUUCAAGGUCUAGGAAGAAGCGUAAGAAGAUUACCAAUUCAACUGGACCUCAUAAACAACCGGCAAGACAGAGUAUUAGUAAGGAAGUAGAGCCACCAGUUAAACCUGGUACUCCUGCAAGGGAAGGAGUUACUACAUCACCUGCAAAAACUGUCACUCAAACAAGGUACAAUAAUUAUAACUUAUAAUCAUAAUAGCC